AUGGCGAGCGAUGCUGCUGCGCUUGUGCGGGCCGUGGAUACGACCUUGUCGACCUGGAGAUCGACGCAGCCUAACGCUCACCUAUUGGUAGCGCUAAGCAAGUCGCUACCGCGCUCAGAGCUCGCACACAUGGUCAAGAGCAUCACGGCACACGUGCCAUCGCGUGUAGGUAUGCUCGUACCGCCUCUGAGCGCCUCUACGGUACGAUCUACCACGUCUGGCACAUUGCAUACAGCUGCCCUGGCCCUUUUUCCGAGCACACACGCUGUGCCAUUUCGAUCCACCAUCCCUGGUACAACGCGUAUCGCAGUAGGGCGAUGGCCCAACCAAAAAGAGGCAUGGAAUCAACGCUCACACUCCCGAGCAGACCGCCUAGACUCGACAGGGGAAUGGCAGUCACUCUGGGGUCGAGAGAACGUCGAUGGCAUUGUCCCGCCAGAGCUCGCAGAUGUAGAGCCUUCGGAGAUCGAUGCCAUUGUUUUUGCGUCUGAUGCACACCCUCAAGGCCUCAUCGAAGGUCUGGAUACCCGCUUUCCCAACGCACACGUCCUUGGCGCGACGGCGGCAUUGACACCGUUUGAGACAGGUCGAGAGUAUACAUUGCUAGGAGGGCGGAUCGAGCAGCUGGCGCCUAUGGGCCCACGCCUCGCUCUGACAAGUGCACGUGGAAAUAUCAUCUCGUCGUUGGGUGAGCACAAUGCAGCGCAGCAGUUCUUGCAUCUGAUCCUAGAACGGCGCUCGGCUCAGAAGCACAUGGAUGCCCAAGCUCUGCGGUCCAUGUCCAGCUACGUCCCCAAAGACGAGACGUUUUACAUGGGUAUAUUUGCACAUGAGCAUGAUACCAUGCCGCAGUUCCUGACGACCAUUCACUCAGGGCACCCUAUGCGUGGGACGCUAGGCGUGGAUACGGAAGUGGAGCUAAGUCAGUGGACACACGGCUUUGUGCAAAUGUAUCGCACUGGCGAAGGCAAUGCCGUGGCCGAUGCACAGCCGCCAGCACGCACAAGGUAUCUGUUUUUGAACGGGGGCGAGAAAGGUAUGUCGCAUGCGCUCGACGACAUUCCAAAAACGACAUGCGACGAAGGCGUGGUGGCCUUGCCCGGCACAUUUUGCGCUGGCAGUGAAAAAAGCUGGUAUGCGCGCACACCAGGCGCCUGUACGCACAAUUGUACAGUGCCACAUACGUCGGCCAUGCUGUACCGUACAUAG